GUUUAAGAGCCAAUCUUUUCGUCGCGAUUCGUUAAUACUUUCACAACGACGUCUCGUCGGAGAUCAUUACUGAUCGGAGAAGUUAAGUUUGUUAAAAGCAAGAGAAGACGAAAACAUCGAUUACCAUGGGGAGCGUGAACGUUAAUCGCAAUGUUAGCGACGCUUUCUAUCGCUACAAGAUGCCGCGGAUCCAGGCGAAGGUGGAAGGCAAAGGGAAUGGUAUCAAGACAGUUAUCGUAAACAUGGUAGACGUGGCGAAGGCGAUCGGUCGUCCGGCUACCUAUCCGACCAAAUACUUCGGUUGUGAGCUAGGCGCGCAGACGCAAUUUGACUUCAAGAACGAACGUUUCAUCGUCAACGGCUCACACGAUGCCACGAAACUGCAAGACUUAUUGGAUGGUUUUAUCCGAAAGUACGUUCUUUGCCCGGCUUGCGAUAAUCCGGAAACCGAACUAAUGGUCAGCUCAAAAAAGGGAACGAUCUCGCAGGGCUGCAAAGCCUGCGGGCAUCAUGGUCUUCUUGAGAGCAAUCACAAGUUGAACACGUACAUCUUGAAGAACCCGCCGAGCUUGAAUCCGGCAGUGCAAGGCAGCUCAUUGACAGAGGGUAAACGCGGCAAACGAGGCUCGAAACGCGCCAAUGGCGAUGCUGCUGCUACAGUCACCAGUACCGCUGCCACCACUAACGGCAAUGAUCGAUCCGGUUCCCCGGAAAAUGACGUCAACAACUCAGGAGACAUCGUAGUAGAACCACCGCCAGAAAGAACAAUCAAUAACGAUGGAGAUGACGAUAAAUGGGCGGUAGACGUAUCUGAGGAAGCGGUCAGAGCUCGUCUCCAGGAUUUAACAGACGGAGCCAAGGGUAUGACCAUCAGCGAUGAUCUUGACAAAAGCGAGAAGGAGCGCAUGGAUAUGUUCUACAAACUGGUCAAGUGCCGUCGCGAUGCCGGCCAGCUCGAUAACAAUCACAAAGAGCUUGUGGCUGAGGCGGAGCGUCUCGAAAUUAAAACUAAGGCGCCAUUGAUUCUCGCCGAGUUGUUGUUUGAUCAGGGAAUCGCCGCACAAGCGAAGAAAUAUCGGGUGUUAUUGCUGCGUUUUACUCAUGACGACAUCAAAGCGCAAAAAUAUCUGAUCAGAGGAAUCGAGCAAGUGAUAGCGCUGCAUAAGGAUGCAUUAAUGCCGAAAGUUCCCGGAAUUCUCAAGUUAUUUUACGAUGCUGAUAUCUUGGAGGAGAAAGCGUUUGACGAAUGGUCAAGCAAAGUUAGCAAGAAAUACGUUUCAAAAGACUUGUCGCAAGAGAUUCACGAUCGAGCCGCACCAUUUUUAACAUGGUUAAAAGUUGCAGAAGAAGAGGAAUCUGAAUCUGAGGAAGAAGACGAUGAUGUGCAGAUCGAAUACGAUGAUAGAGCCAAGCAAGAAUCCCUGAAACAACAACAAUCGCCGGCCGCGCCGAAGCCUGCCACCGCUACCACUGUUGCUGCCGCCGGAAACAAUGAUUCCGACGGAGAUGACUUCGAUAUCGAUGCCAUUUAAAACAUAUGCAUAUACCACAUGUAUCACACACACACACACACACACACACACACACACACACACACACACACACACACACACACACAAUAUGUAUACAGUCAAUCGCGACGAAUGACAGAAAUACUGGUUCGAGCUAUAAUAUCCGAGACGAAUAUUCAUUUUUCUCUCGAACAGGAUCGUGCAAAUGCAAUCUCAAGUUAUACGCAAAUAGAUAUAGGAUUUUCGUUGUUUUAGGCUGACGAGAGCGAUAUAAUUAAACAAUGCCGUUUACACAUGCGAAUAAAAAAAGGAAAAAAAAGAGAAAAAGAAAUUUUAACCGUUCCUAAAAGUUUAGCGUGAUUUAUCUGUGUACAGUAUAUUCACAAUACUUUUAAUUGUUUUAACAAUGCAAAUGUGCAUUUACUGAAAGAUCGUAAUUUCCUUAAUAUUGAUCGAUUAUCGGAAUUUUUUAAUGAAUGUAAUGAUGCACAUAUAUUUUGUAAAAUGCAUCCGUUUCAGGCAAAGACAUUUUCAUAAAAGUUCAUAAGCAUUACUGGGAUUGGCCUGCUAAAAGCGUUCUUUAUUGUAUUUACUUAUUCUAAUUAUUAUUAUUCAAAUAAAUAUGGUUUAUUGCAAUGAUCA